AUUGGGCUUUGGGGCAAAAGGUCGAACAGGUUGCGCGCGCGCGCGGAGGCGCCCGCGCAGAGAGCUUGAGAGAUGAGCAUCGUACCGAAGGAGACGAUCGAGGUUAUUGCUCAGAGCAUCGGUAUCAGCAAUCUCUCUAGCGAUGUGGCACAGGCGCUGUCGCCGGAUGUGGAGUAUCGGCUGCGGGAGAUCAUGCAGGAAGCGAUCAAGUGCAUGCGCCACUCCAAGCGCACAGUACUCACUGCUGACGACGUUGACAGCGCCCUUAACCUGAGGAACGUCGAGCCUGUUUAUGGACUUGCCUCCGCUGACCCUUUGCGCUUCAAAAGAGCUGUAGGGCAUAAGGACCUGUUCUAUAUUGAUGACAAAGAUGUUGACUUUAAAGAGGUAAUUGAAGCACCUCUACCUAAAGCACCACUUGACACCACUAUAGUUGUUCACUGGCUUGCCAUUGAAGGGGUUCAACCUGCAAUUCCAGAAAAUGCUCCUGUGGAGGCACUUGUACCACCGUCAGAGAACAAAAGGUCUGAGCACAACAAGGACGAUGGGCUUCCUGUUGAUAUUAAACUUCCUGUAAAACAUGUAUUAUCCAGAGAACUACAGCUAUACUUUGAGAAAAUCACUGAGCUUACUGUGACUAAGUAUGACUCUGACCUUUUCAAAGAAGCUCUUAGAAGCCUGGCGGCAGAUUCUGGUCUCCAUCCAUUAGUUCCAUAUUUUUCAUACUUCAUCGCAGAUGAGGUUACUCGAAGUCUGAAUAAUCUUCCUGUUCUUUUUGCUCUCAUGCGCGUUGUCCGAAGCCUUCUCCAAAAUCCACACAUUCACAUAGAACCCUAUUUACAUCAGUUGAUGCCAUCGAUGAUAACAUGCCUUGUUGCCAAAAGGUUGGGGAAUAGGCUUGCUGAUAAUCACUGGGAGCUGAGAGACUUCUCUGCAAACCUAGCAGCAUCUGUGUGCCGAAGAUUUGGGCAUGUCUAUCACAACCUUCAGUCUCGGCUGACAAAGACUCUACUGCAUGCUUUUCUUGAUCCAUCUAAGGCAAUGACGCAGCACUAUGGUGCCAUUCAAGGGCUUGCUGCUCUGGGGCCCAGUGUGGUACGACUCCUUAUUCUGCCUAACCUGGAGCCGUAUCUGCAACUGCUAGAGCCAGAGAUGCUGUUAGAGAAGCAGAAAAAUGAAAUGAAGAGGAAAGAAGCAUGGCGUGUCUAUGGUGCCUUGCUGCGCGCCGCAGGUAAAUGCUUGUAUGACCGCAUGAAGUUGUUCCCUGGCUUGCUAACCCCUCCAACUCGUCCAUUUUCGAGGAGCAAUGGACGAAUUGCAACCUCCUCUUUACCAAAUAAACGAAAGCUAAGUGGCAGCCAACCAAUACAGCAGCCACCACUUAAGAAAUUGGCCGUCGAUGGGCCAUCAGGGCCAAUGCCUUCAGUCCCAAUAACAGCAAACACUCAAGUAGGAGCAGAAGGGUUCCCCAGCAUAUCAGGUGAUUCCGGCCUGGGGGCAUCCUCUUCUUCAGGACAAGUAUCAAAUGAGAGCACUUCGGGUGGAAGCCAGAGAGAUAAGGGUGAAGACAGAGCGACGAUGAUGUCCUCCGCCCUCACCCAAGCUUGGAAGGAAGAUGUAGAUGCUGGGCAUCUGCUGGCAUCUCUCUUUGAAUUAUUUGGUGAAGCUAUUUUCUCAUUUACUCAGCCGGUGGAGAUGUCGAUGUUCUUGUAAACUAUAUAUAUAUCACACACAGUAAUUUCAAGGAUUAAAUUUGUUGCUUGCUUAUCUUACAAACAGAGAUGUCUGUCUUUAUUAUUCGUCAUGCCAUCCCUAGUGCUUCC